AUGGAGCAGAAGAUGAGAAGAGAGCGCAGAGGAGUGGCAACUGGGGAUGUGGUCAACCAGCAGGCCAAGUGGAAGGCAGUCGCCUGCAGCCGCUACGUGACCUCGGGCCCCGUCGGCGGCGGGGCCAUGGGGAUCUACGAGCGGCAGCGCCACCUGGUGGCGGCCGGCGUGUGGGGGGAGCCGUUCCGGCCCGACGCCGACGCCGUGGCCCUGCCCCUGCCCCGGCCCCUGGCCGCGGUCGCCCCCACGGUCACCGUGGCGACGACGCCGGCGCCGCUCGACGUCGUCGAAGCAGAGGAGGUCAAGUUCGGCAAACGCCUGUUGCAGGCACAGCAGGACGACGUCGCGCCGCCGGUGGAAGAAGAAGCGCCGCCGCCGCCGUCGGAUAGCUUCGGCCACGACGACGACGCCAGGCCAAGAGACAAGAUUCAGAGACGGCUCGCGCAGAACAGAGAGGCAGCCCGGAAGAGCCGGCUACGGAAGAAGAUUACUGGUAUUGAAAAUGGGCUACAAUUCACCGGAGCUUUCAUCAACUUCCACGUGCAUGGUCUCAUUGAGGCAGCGGAUGCGAUGGUAGAACCUCUUAGCGAGGCGUUUCAGGACAUCACUUUAUUCUCACCAUUAUAA